AUGUUGUGCCCCUCAUACAGGGUUUCGUUCCGAGCGCACGGUGCUAAGAUGGCGAAAGGUUAUCAGUUGUUGGUGUUCCUGACCAGCCUGGUAUUGGUAGCCUGCAACUGCCCUCGUGAGAACAUCCACAGCUUAGGACAGUGCGCCUUCAAAAUCGAGUGUACUAGCAACGUCAGAGGAAUACGCCUCCCCAAUGAGUGUCUAGAGGCAGCCAACUUCCCCGUCACAGUUACCGUAACGCUUAAAAAUGUCGCCGAAGAUUACUAUCCAGAAGACCCAGAAACUAGACUCUUGGGUUUCAUUACUUCUUUAAAAAUUACAGGGCAAAUGCCGAAAACGAAUUUGACAUUAUUGCAAUAUACAUAUAGGCUACAGGAUUUAAAUUUGACAAAUAAUCAAAUUGAGAGAAUCGCUGGCUCACCUUUUUACUACCUCGGCAAAUUAGAAACCAUUGAUUUAUCUCAUAACAGGAUUAGCGAUCUGGAAGAACUAUUUCGUUUUGAAACGCGACCAUACAAACUCAACAAAUUAGUACUCGCCAACAACAAUAUAGAAGAACUGCCCCAAGACGCUUUUGACGAACUGUCAUCUCUGGUCGAACUCGAUCUCUCAUACAAUCGCAUUUCAAAUCUGAAGGAAGAGCCAUUCGCCAAUCUAUCCAGUCUCGAAACACUAAGACUGAACAAUAAUUCCAUCAAAAACCUAAACGGUGCAGUUAAUAACCUUCAAAAUCUGAAGCACCUAUAUUUAAGGGGAAACCAAAUACAGCACAUCGACGUAGAAUCACUUAAAAUCAUAAUACACCUGGAAACGUUCGACGUGUCCAGGAAUCAACUCGAAAAAAUCAACUCAGUCAUGUUCUCGAGGCACUGGAAACACAUGGGGGGCCAUUCCAUUUGUAAAAUCAUACUGUCCGAAAACCGCAUAGCAUCAUUACCGAAUGCAUCAAUGGAAAUAUCUGCUAGAAACGUCCGUGACUUGAGGCGUUACAGCGUGGAUGUGCUGACCGAAUUAGAUUUGUCGAACAAUGAAAUAACAGAAAUAGCUUACAAUGCGUUCCAUUCUCUUUUGAAAAUGAUCUCAUUGGAUCUAUCCCGGAACCAAAUUACCGACUUUAGUGUAAACGCUGACGAUCUCCAAUUCGUAAAGAAACUGAACCUAAGCGGAAACCAUAUUUUCCAAUUAUAUUACAAGAGCUUCUCGGCAAUGGGAAACCUUGAGAAUUUGGAUCUCUCUCACAACAAACUUUACGAAAUACCAGAAACAGCUUUUAAGAAUUACUUUAGCCUUAGAAUUCUGAACAUGACGUUUAAUGAUAUAGACAGCGUUGAGAAUUUACGUAUAACCAGAUUCCAUCCCGCUGGAGGUGUUCUGGACUUGUCAAACAACGGCUUGACGCAAUUGAGGAUACCAUAUGGUGAAGGAGCCCGUUUGAUGAUUUUGAGAUUACACUCCAAUAAUAUAUCAGAUGCUAAGCUAAUCGAAUUGAUUCAUCAGAACGAUCUGAAAAAUUUGGAUCUCAGUCAUAACAAGAUACGCGAGCUUAAUGACACAUCUUUACGUAUUCCCGUCAGUCUCAAUUAUUUAGAUAUCAGCUUUAACAUGAUCAUUAGAAUUGGACCAUCAUCUUUUUAUCGUGCCGGUCAUCUGAAGACUCUACGUCUGUCACACAAUCAACUGACCAAGAUUGAGCAUGGAGCAUUUCAUGGAUUAUCAGCGCUUCUCAACCUUGAUUUGUCUUACAACAAAUUUGGGUACUUCAAUUCUGAAUGGCUGAUGGACCUUAAAAGUUUGGUUGUUCUUUCUCUCAGGAACAACUGGAUGCAUAAUUUGGACUAUAAGAGUUGGUUUGGCCACAAACCUGACCUGCGAGUGAAUAUCGAAGGAAAUAGAUUGUCUUGUGAGUGGCUUAGCGGUGUGUUGCAGAAUUUUAAUAACGGCUUCCUGAAGAUGCAUCCUGUCGUGUUGACGCCAACAAUUUCAAGCCACUCUAUAGAAGGCAUUCCAUGUAUCGAAAAAACUGAGGUCCUAAGUCAAAUCUACAGCAGUCCGAUGAUGAGCGAUGACCGUCUACUUGUGUCGAACCAGAAGAUCCUGGAGGCUGUUAAGGAGCAGACGUAUUAUCUGCGCAGAUACGUCAUGCGUUCUCUUGUGGAGGAAACAGAAAGGGCGAAGCUGUAA